AUGGGGCCAACGCCCGCCAAAAGGCAAAAACAGCUAGUCGAACCGCCGGACGACGAAGUAAAGCCAACGAAAAGGCGGCAAACUGAGAAGCCCGUAUCAAGCAGCGAUAGCAGAAAUGCGCCUAGCAUCGACACUGAGAAACGCGGAACGCGAAAGCGUCAGCCGACAACGCGCUCCCACGGGAAUUUAAGGCAUUCAAAGACAUCGACAACAAGCCGUACGUCCGAGCUGACGGCAUCCCCACAGAAGGAGAAACAGAAGCCCAGCGCGAAGGGCCAGGGGUCGCAGUCGCUUUAUACUUUCUUCACACCUUCAGCAGAAAGACAGAGGUCGCCAUCGGCCAAUCGCAGUUUGGAAAAGGAGGAUGUCGAGGAGGACACAAUUGAGGAUGAUUUCCCUGACGAGACAUCGAAUCUUCGGCUUCCAAGCAGACAAGCUUCGGCCCCCGAGGGUGCGACGAAAACUGAAAAUGUGAAGACAAAGUCAGUGCUGCCAGCUAAUAAAGCGCCUAGAGCUAGCCAAAGGUUCCUUAAAGCCUCAGCCGAUGGCUCGACUUCUGCAGGCAGCUCCGCUAGGAGCUCGAACGUUUGGCAAGUCGAUGACAAUCGUCCUUGGGCAGAAAAGUACGCACCUAUCUCUCUUGACGAGCUAGCUGUACACAAGAAGAAGGUUUCCGAUGUCAGCAACUGGCUUUCAAGGGCUUUGAAAGGCCUGGACAGAAAGAGACUGCUCGUUUUAAAAGGUCCGUCCGGAAGCGGGAAGACUACCACCUUAUCGUUGCUUUCCAGAGCACUCGGGUUUGACAUACUUGAAUGGAGAAAUCCAUUGGGUGCUGAAUAUUCCUCCGAUGGAUAUGUUUCCGCGUCUGCACAAUUUGGAGACUUUAUUGGGCGUGGCGGAAAGUUCGGAAGCCUUGAGUUUGCUGGAACAGGAACUCCUUCUGCCAGCAAACCGACUGCGGCAGUAACACCGACCCAAGCUUCAGGAAAACAAAAGGUAAUUCUCAUUGAAGAGUUCCCAAGCGCCUCAUCACGACAAUCUGCUUCACUGCAAAACUUUCGAUCUACUAUUCUUCAAUAUUUAGCUGCUACCACCUCAUCCACUGGGAAUUUUUUCGCCUCUUCCGAAUCUCCGGCAGCACCGAUAGUGAUGGUCAUUACCGAGACCCUCCUUACAACCAGCACUGCAGCCGCAGACAGUUUUACUGCCCAUCGUCUCUUGGGUCCACAAAUUAUGAACCAUACUGGCACCAGUGUUAUGGAAUUCAAUCCAAUUGCUCCUACAUUCCUUUCAAAAGCACUCGACCUGAUCAUAAAAAAGGAAGCCCGCAUUAGCGGUAGGCGAAAAGCCCCGAGCUCUAUAGUUCUCCAAACAUUAGGUGGCGUGGGCGAUAUUCGGAGCGCUGUUGCUUCACUAGAGUUUCUGUGUCUUCGAGGGGACGAAGCCGGGGAUUGGGGCGGUCGGGUUGCCGUUGCCGUCAAAGGAAAAAGGGGUGCUACAGAUGGGACGAAGCUCACAAAAAUGGAACGGGAUUCUCUCGAAUUGGUCACGCAGCGAGAAGCCAGUCUGGGGAUUUUCCAUGCUGUCGGAAAGGUCAUGUAUAAUAAACGGGAGGAUCCUGCAAUCAACCCCGCAGAAGAACGGCCUCCUCAGCCACCAAACCAUUUACCUCAGCAUCAUCGACCAAAAGUUUCUCAAGUAUCCGUCGAUGACCUGAUUGAUGCAACUGGGACUGAUACCCAGACGUUUGUCGCCGCCCUCCAUGAGAACUACAUACUUUCGUGUGAUAAUUCAUCAUCUGAGGAUGCUAUGGAUGCCAUUAACGGCUGUAUUGACGCAAUCUCAGAUUCGGAUUUACUAGCGCCUGAAUGGACAGGUGGCUUUGGAUCUGGACGAAUGGGCGGCGGGUUCGGACGUGGCGCCUUUCAGGGUGCAUCAUCAGAUAACCUUCGGCAGGACGAAAUUAGCUUUCAACUUGCCGUUCUGGGCAUCCUUUUUGCUUUACCGUAUCCUGUCAAAAGACGAGCACCGCCUGCUUCUUUGAGUUCAGAUGGCCGCGGUCGCUGGAAUAGAGGCCAAAACUCCAGAUCUGAUGCUUACAAGAUGUUCUUUCCAAGCUCUCUCAGGCUUUGGCGCCGCAGCGAAGAGAUAUCCGAUAUGGUCGACCUUUAUAUGAAUCAGCUCAUAAAAGAUCAAAUGACUGCGGACUCUUCACACACCGUCACCGAAGAAGUGGGCAGCGUUGAAUCAAGAAAACACAACACAAGCUCCUUCAAUUCUUCUAUUGCUGAGCAUUCAUCAUCUACUCCUACUCCAUCUUCACAAACGAACACGUCACCAAAGCCAAGUUCCCUCAUGAUUCCGAGUGGCAACUCGGCACGACGAGAGAUGCUUCUAGAACGUCUUCCAUACACAGCUCUUAUCCAGCGUCGAGGAAACAAGUCAGCAUCAUCCAAUUUGCAAAUGCUCGAUCAGAUCACCUCAUUUCGUGGCAUUGGUGGGGCGAGCGACGAGCUACUUGAUGAUGAGGGUGACGAGGAUACAGUUCCGCCGGUCCGGGACUGGACUACUGAUCGCGAUCCUGACUCUGUCUUUCCAGGUUCAAGAUCCGCAUCUUCCUUCUUGCCCCUCAAGCGCGAGCCUCCAGCACGCCGACAGCCUGCCCAUUCUUCCAGGCCUCCUGACACCUCCGGGAUUCCAGGACUUUCCUUUGAAUCCCAAGUGCAGAAGUUGGUACUGAGCGAUGAUGAUAUUGAAGAUGAUUAA